AUGGCAGACCCCUCGACCACGACCAGGCGGACAGUGAACCAACAGGCUGAUCUAAGUCCUGAAGAGAGAGGCAAAUGGGCAAACAAGAUUGAAUAUCUGCUGACUGUAGCCGGAACUAUCAUUGGGCUUGGAAAUGUCUGGAGGUUCCCAUAUCUUUGCUAUAAAAAUGGAGGAGGGGCUUUUUUCAUUCCAUACUUCCUGUACCUGGUUACUUGUGGUAUCCCGCUUUUUGUGCUUGAGACAUCUUUGGGUCAGUACACAAGUCAGGGAGGCAUCACAUGUUGGAGAAAGAUCUGUCCUCUUUUUGAAGGAAUGGGUUAUGCCAGUCAAAUGAUUAUUGUCUAUGGCUCAAUCACCUACAUCGUCAUCAUAGCCUGGGCUUUUCUGUACCUAUUCUCAGCCUUCAGUGUAGAGCUACCCUGGGCCAGCUGCAACAAUCUGUGGAACACAGAUGCUUGUACUGUGUUUAGUGGGAAGAAUUCAAGUUCAGAGUGGACGUCUCCUCUUAAUGCCACUUCCUCUGUGAUGGAGUUCUGGCAUCACAGAGUGUUGCAACUGUCCAGUGGAAUAGAGCAUUUGGGAACAGUAAGGUGGGACUUGGCCCUUAUUCUCUUACUCGUCUGGACCCUGGUCUACUUCUGCAUCUGGAAAGGCGUGAAAUCUACUGGGAAGGCAGUCUAUUUCACAGCAACAUUCCCUUAUGUAAUGCUCCUGAUACUGCUCAUACGAGGGGUCACUCUACCUGGUGCCAUCAACGGCAUCCACUAUUAUAUGUACCCGGAUCUGACACGGCUAGCUGACCCACAGGUAUGGAUGGAUGCUGGUACUCAGGUCUUUUAUUCUUAUGCUAUAUGUCUUGGGUACCUCAGCUCUCUUGGAAGCUACAAUCAAUAUAACAAUAAUUGUUACAGGGACUCUUUCUACCUCUGCUUGCUGAACAGUGGAACCAGUUUUUUGGCUGGAUUUGCCAUUUUCUCUGUUCUGGGUCACAUGGCACAGGAGCAGGGUGUGGACAUAUCCCUUGUGGCUGAGUCAGGUCCAGGACUGGUGUUCAUAGUGUACCCUCAGGCGGUGACAAUGUUGCCAUGGUCUCAGUUCUGGGCUGUGUGUUUCUUCACCAUGAUCAUCCUUUUGGGCUUGGACAGCCAGUUUGUUGGACUGGAGAGCAUAAUGACAUCAGUGACAGACAUCUUUCCCACUGUGUUGAGACGUGGCCUCAGAAGAGAGAUGCUGCUUUUAGGGAUUUGCCUUUUCUGCUACCUGAUGAGCCUCUUAAUGAUUACAGAGGGUGGUCUGUACAUCAUUCAGUUGUUUGAUCAUUACGUGUACAGUGGAGCAACUCUCCUGUUCCUGGCUAUAUGUCAGUCUGUGGCCAUUGGCUGGGUAUAUGGUGCUGACCGAUUCUAUGAGAACAUAGAAGACAUGAUUGGUUACAAACCCUGGCCUGUGAUGAAGUACUGUUGGCUCUAUGUCACCCCUUCUGUCUGUGUAGGCACCUUUAUUUUCUCUUUGGUCAAGUACAGUCCCCUGAAAUUUAAUAACACAUAUGUGUAUCCAUGGUGGGCAUACGGUAUCGGCUGGUUCCUGGCUAUAUCCUCUCUCUCCCUCAUCCCCAUCAACAUGAUCUACAAACUGUACAAGGAGAAAGGGACCCUCUGGGAGCGUCUCCAGUUGGCUUGCACUCCAGCAGAGGAUCUACCUCAAACUCACAGACCUUCAGCACAUGGUUAUACUCUGUCAUCCUGUACAGACAGAGAAAAGACCCCAGACAACCUUUAA